AUGAUUCCUUUAUACAAGAACAAGGGUGAUAUUCAGAGUUGCAACAACUAUAGGGGCAUCAAACUGCUAAGCCACACCAUGAAAGUUUGGGAGAGGGUGGUGGAGAUGAGGGUGAGGAGAGACGUGUCUAUCUCCAAGAAUCAGUUCGGUUUCAUGCCGGGGUGUUCAACUACUGAAGCUAUUCAUCUGGUAAGAAGAUUGGUGGAGCAGUAUAGGGAGAGGAAGAGGGACCUAUAUAUGGUAUCCAUCGACCUUGAAAAGGCAUACGACAAACUUCCAAGGGAGGUUCUUUGGAGAUUCCUAGAGGCUAGAUGGGUUUCUGCGGCAUACAUUCGGGCGAUCAAAGACAUGUAUGAUGGAGCCAAGACCAGGAUAAAAACAGUGGGAAGAGACUUGGAGCAUUUCCCAGUAGUGGGUGGAGUUAACGCUAAACUGGAGGUUUGGAGACAGACUCUUGAGUCUAAUGGGUUCAGGUUGAGUAGGACUAAGAAAGAAUACUUGGAGUGCAAGUUCAGUAACGUAUUGCAUGACGCUGGCAUGAAAGUGAGGCUUGAGACUCAUGUCAUCCAAAGGAAAGGAAGUUUCAAGUAUCUUCGGUCUAUUAUCCAAGGAAAUGGUGAGAUUGACGAGGGUGUCACACACCGUAUUGGUGCAGGAUGGAUAAAAUAG